UGCCAAAUGACUGACCAUCCUAUCCUCGACCAGUUUGUUUGUUUCCACUUCCACACCACGUAAUGAAUGGCUGACGGAUGGAUGGAUGGAUAAUGCAAUGCUUGAUGGACACUAGUAAUCGAGUCGACCAGUCAAUCCACCACACACAUGGACAGACAUGCCAGGGAGGGAGUGCGUCUGCACUCACACAGAGACAGACAGAUACGCACACGCAGCCGGCCAAGAACGAGACAGCACUGAGAGAGAGACCCGCACCCACACAGGUGGCUAGCCACACCACACGACAGACACAGAGCCAGACAGACAGGCAGCACGCAGACAGGAAGGACAUCAGCCACGGCCGAGACAGAGAGAGAGUCAGUUAAAAAGGUCGUGUCAACCUUCAGGUCGACACACUUUGGCGACUGGGGCGAUUAAACAAAGUGGCUGGCGAGAUGGAUUCAUUCGUGUCAGGCAGGCAGGCAAGCAGGUGAAAACACGCAUGCAGGCAUGUAUACGAGCGUGCUGCGUGGGUGUGGGUGGUGUGUAUGGUGGGUGCUUCAUGUCAUGUGGACACAACAUAAAGGAUCGCCGCCUCGAGCAAGCAGCCGAGCAAGACUAGCCUAUCUAUCAGCUCCUCCCUCCCUCCAUCCAUCCCUCCGUCUUCAUCAACUCAGCUCUUCCGCCCGUCCAAACCGCCGGCCUGGUGCAGGCAUGGCAAACUCCCCGUUAUGAGGUCGUCUCCCACGCCUACACCAGUCCGGAACAAUGGACGGGCAGCCAGCCAAGCCAACAACAGAGAGGCACCCCACCCCGCUGUCGCCCGCAUAGGAGAAAGGAAUCAUCACGGAGCAUCAGCAGACGAGAAAGACCUGGCUUUCACUCACUCCGUCUGUGUCCGUGUAUUCGGCUGCUCCUCCCGCCCGUGCUGCGCUGUGCGCCGUGGGAAAUGGCUCUCUGUCACACAGCGUCGAUCAACGCUGUCGACAGCGAGUCACAUUUCACCGCCGGGCUAACACAGGUUCGGGAAGGCCAGCCACAGAGACACAUGUCACAGGGAGGGAAGAGGCAGCAUGUCAAUCGUCACAUACACACACGCACACACGAGGUGAGGGAUCCUCUACACCAGCAAGCAGUGUGAUGGUGUAUGCAGCCAUGCAAUGCAUGCAUAUCAGACGCAGUCAAGCUCUACAUCAGACAGGCAGGCAGGCAGGCGGUGAAGAGAGGCCACAGCACUUGAAUUAGGCCAUCAAUCAUCAUCAAACCGCACACAGAUACUCAUACUCCCACACACACAGAGUGGAAAAAAUAGUCGGCGACCGGCUCGCUGCCAUACCGACUCUUCUCUCAUCUGUUCUCUCUCUCUCCCCCAACCAGCCACAACCCGCCCCCCCUCCCCUCCCCUCCCCGAUGCACCCGACAUCACAGCUGCAAUACUAACGAUACCGUAGACACAUCAACACAGCGAGGCAGACGCACGCAGACAGACAGACAGACAUCGAGGGCACACGAGAGAGCUCGUCUUUGGAGAAAAAGACGGGGCAGGGGGCAAGGGCGGACAGACGGGCAGGACGAGAGGCAGCGAGGGGGGGAACAUUGUGUUGUGUUGAAACGCCGCAGACAGACGAGCAUUGUGGGUGUCUGUCGGGUGGGUAGGUGAAGUGGGUGAGUGAGUCAGUCAGCGCUAUGGAUUGAUGGGCUGCCUGGCUGCAUGUGAUGGUGCUUUGCAUGUCAUGUGUGUAUAAUGAGAGGAAAAUCGACAACGCAUAACUUCCUCCCUCCCUCCACCCUCCAUCCCAACUCACACAAACGCAUACCACCCACACCAACCAACCCCGCCCACACUCGGUCUACGGCACCUGAAAAGGAGAGGAAGCACAAAACCAUCAGCCACUGAUGCAUAGCCAGCACCUCGCCUCUCUCUCCCUCCCUCCCUCCCUCCCUCCACACACAUACCUGAAUUUGCGUAUGUAUGUGUGGCGGUAUGUGUGUGGCAUGCAUCAGUUCUCGCCCUCCUCCUUCUCCUCGCCCUCCUCCUUGUCGUCCUCCUCGCCCUCCCCCUCGCCGUUCUCCUGCUCCUCACGGGCGCGGGCGCGCUCGGCCUCGCGGGCACGCUCCUCCUCGGCGGCCGUCUCCUUGGCGCGACGAUCCAACUCUGAGGGCAGGGACACACAGGGACACACACGGGGGUGUUGAGUGACUUGGAAACACGUGUGUGUGUGUGUGUGUGCGUGUCUGCGUGUGCAUACCGGUGAGCUGCGACUGGAUUUCGGUUUUGCGGCGCUUUCGCUCCUCAAUCAUGCCCUCCUGAACAGACAGCCACCCAGGAUGAAUGGCCUGAGUGUGGAGGAUAUGUCGACUCGACCCACCUACCCACCUGUUCCUUCUUGUACUCGUCGAGUUUCUUCUCGAGCUCCACGAGGAGGGCGGGGGCCUCCUCAACCGACAUGGGGACCUUCAACUGCACCAGAGAAAGCCAAUAUACACACAGACAGAGAAGGAUGUGUCGUGGGCCCGUGUGUGGUGUGGUGUGGUGUCUGUUGUCUGUCUGUUGGCUGACGCACCCCGAGUUCCUCGAACAUGGAGAGGGUGCCGAUGUCGUGCUUGAUGCCCUUCUUCUUCUCGUCCUUGCCGCCGGGACCCUUCUUCUUCCCCUUGGCCUUGGUCGGCGCAAAGGCCCACUCGUCGUCGCUGCACACACACACACACACACACACACGCACACCUUUCUCCAUCCGUCCGCUCCGCGUGUCGUGUGUGUCAAUUCUGGGUCGCCCACUCCACUGACCGGUCCUUCUUGGACUUGAGCACCUGGGUGACGCCCUCGGGGAGUGUCUCCUCCUUGGCCUCGUGCUCGCCCUCGUCGGCCGCCUCGUGCUUCUUGUCCUGCUCCAUGAGUUUCUUGAGGUAGGUCAUGGUCUGCUCGACCUUGAGCACCUCGGCGCCCAGGGGCAACUCGUCCUCCUUCUCGAGCUCGCGCUCCAAACGCAUCCGCUCCUGCUCCUCCUGACGCUUCUUCUUCUCGAUGCGGGCCUUCUCGGCACGGGCCUGACGCAUCUCGGCCUGCUGGGCUUGGAACUCCCGCAUCUUGGCGUGCAUCUCGUCGCGGAUGCGGUUCUUCUGCACACACACACAGGGGAGGGAGGCAUGGUGCCACCUUGUGUGAGGUGUGGUUGCGCAUCUCAGAUAUCUGACUGAGGUACGUUUGCGAUGUGUUCCUGUAUCUUGUUGUUGAGCUCGGUGCGCUUGUCGAAGAACUCCUUCAAAUUGGCUACCUGGUCACGGCUGACGUGACACAUCAAUCCGUGCACAAUGACACCACGCCAUGCCACGCCACGCCACAGAGAGAGAGAGAAAUGAGCGCAUGUGCCACUUCCCUCCAUGCAUACCGGUCGUUGAUGAGUUUCUUGAAGUGUUCGUUCUGCCCGCGUCUGGCCUCCCUGGCGGCGUUGAGGUCGGUACUGAUCUUGAACAGUCGGUCGCGGAGGGGCGCCUGGUCGUCGCUGCUGUCGAACGUGCUCUCCAUGCGAUUGUACUUGCUGCAGUCCCCACACACACCAAUGCAUUGCACACACCACACAGGGCGGGAGGGGUGUGUUGGUGUGUUGGUGUGUGGUGUCUGUCAUGUGGGCUGCGGUGCAUACGCGAGCUGCGGCUUGUCCUUCUUGAGUUUCUUGAUCUCCUCCAUGAACUUCUUCUCCUCCUUGAGCGACAUGGUGGACGUGUGCAUCUGGUACUCGAUCUCGCUGACACACACACAGACAGACAGGCAGACAGACAGACAGACAGACAACAGGGCACACAGCACAGCACAGCACAGCCGUGUGGCACGAUUGCCUUGUCUCGUUUAUGUGGCGUGGCGUUUUGUGUGGUGCUGUGCUGUGUGUGUCUGUGUGUGUCGUGUCCUACUAACGCGAUUCGGUUGUCGAUCUCCUCUUCGUUCUUGUAGCCGACCUUGCGCUUCAUGUCCUGGACCUGGCUACGCUGCACACACCACACGGACCACACAAGACAGACAACCCAGCAUCCCGUCACCGUCCUCCUGUGCCCACCCCACCCCACUCAGGUGUGCACCAUACCAUCUUCUUGGAGUCCUCUUGUUUCUGGGAGAUCUGGUCGAGUGUGCUCUUGCGCUCCUGCUCGAGUUUGUCGAUGUGCGCCUGGAGGUCGUCGAGUCUGGAGCGCAUCUCCUCGCGCUUGCGCUGGAAGUCCUCCUUGCCCGCCGAACGCUCCGAUAUCAGCCCCUGCACUUUGCGCUGCACACACACACACAACACAGAGUCCAGAAGGCCGUCAGUCCUCCCCCGUGUGUGACUCGUUUUGCUCCUCGCUGACCAUUUCGCUCUGGAGUUCGUCGAUGGCCUUCUGCUCGAUCUCAAUCUUGUCCUUGUACUCCUGGUCGUCCGGACGGGCCGGCAUGUCCUUGCGCAUCCGACCGCCGCCACCACCGCCCCUCGCACCCUCCCUCCUCUCCUCACCCUUGGGCUUGGUCGCCGCCAUCUCGCCUCGUUCUUGUCAGGGGUGUGCUUGUCAGCGCUCGCUGCUUGUCGUGUCCGCUCGUGGCGUGAAAAUCACAAAGGUGGGACUAGCUUAGGCACCUCCUCGCCGGGCAACACAUGGCUGGUCAAUCAAGGCAGACAGGGGGUCGGGCGAAAGAUGGACGAGAGAAACGAAGUCUGAAAGCUACAGUAAUGCAGCAAACACUUCUCGGAGUGACAG